AUGGAACAGCUCCACCACGAUAUAGUAGAGCGUAUCCUGGAGAGACUUACGGCAAAAUCGCUGGGCAGGUUCAAAAGUGUAUCGAGGAGAUGGAAAUCCACAAUCGAAUCGAGGUAUUUCCAGAACAGGCAGUUGAUCUGUGGGGGAGAUGAUCCCCAAGUCCUCUUGGUUUACCUGUCUUGUGAUGUUGCUGCUCCACCAAACAUACAACCAGUAGUCUCGGACGAGGCUCAAGUUACUGCGGUCAAGAUCACCCCUACCGAGAGUGAGAACUGCACCUUUGUUUCCCAGACAAGUUGUGACGGCCUUGUCUGCCUCUACAGUUUCUACGACUCGGGUCUUGUCGCCAAUCCCACCACUGGAUGGAGUCGCUGUUUUCCUCCCUCAAGGCUCCAACAGCUCAUUCAUGGCUUGCAAGAAAAGUUCUUUGAGCUUGCGUACCGUUUCCCUUUGCUUGGAUUCGGUAAAGACAAUCUAAGGGACACAUACAAGCCUGUUUUCUUAUACAAUUCUUCUGAACUGGGCCUAGACAACGUCACUACUUGUGAAGUUUUUGAUUUCUCCGCCAACUCCUGGAGGUACGUUGUCCCUGCUUCCCCGCAUCGCAUCAUCGCUAGCCGUGAACCCUUGUAUUUUGACGGGUCACUCCACUGGUUCACCGAGGGUCAAGACGAAACUAAGGUCUUAUCUUUCCAUCUUCACUCCGAGACUUUUCAACUCAUCUCUAACACUCCUCUUCCCUUUCCUGGCCGUGUCCAUCCCGAAGACAUCGCCUUGUGCAGCCUCAGUAACCGUUUGUGCGUGUCUCUGAAGACGGACCUCCUCCAACUGAUUUGGUCCUUUGCUCCAAGAAACAACAACAACAACGACAAGACAUGGGUGAAGCUGUAUACCAUUGAUCUCAACACAACUUCUUUUUGGUUUGGGAGCACGCACACAUUGGCUCUCUCUGCACUCUCUCUCUCCGGCACAACUAAUAAGUUUUUGUUAUAUGAUCGUGAGUAUAAUGAGCACAAGCAACAUCUCGUGUUGCAUGAUCCCGCUACCAAAUCUUUUGAUUUACUUCUCUCUGCCAAAUCUAUCGGACUUCCUCUUUCUUAUGUCCAGAGUUUAAUCUCUAUUUAUUAG